AAAAAAAGAUCCAACACGUUACAACUUACACGACGGAUUAUGAAUUAUAUCAUCAAAGGUAUAAAAGCAUAUUAGAUUCAUGAAUUCCGGAAUCAAAAGAUUUAUUACCAGAGUUUCUGAAACUCGAAAAACCCUCAAUUAAAAAUUUUCCCCCAAAUUCUCUCUCCUCAAUUUCAUGUCCAUCUUGCCCUCACAGACUCAUCAAGGUUCAGCAUCAUCGACUUCCUCUUUCUCUACUCAAAACCCUAAUCUCAAUCAUGGAUUCUCCAUUGAAGAAGAUCAGUUGUAUCAUCACCACCGACAUAUUUCUCUCUCCUCUCUGCAGACUCCACCACUCGAUUCGCUUCGGAUCUCCGACCCCCAAUCUUCAGCUUCUGCCACGUCUGAUUCAGCUUCAGGUUCAGUGGUUGAAACAGCAGCAAAUUCUAAUGGAUCUUCCAAAAAGGUGAUUGGUUAUGGGAGCUCAAAUGGGAAGAAGACUUCACCUAAUCACAGCAUCAACAGUAGAAAUCAAUCAAACUCUGUUGCUCAAGUAGGAAUUGGGUCUUCCCAAUCCAGUGGGGAAGUUUCUGGUUCUCCGCCAAGUGGUAGAGCAAGUGGUUCUGCGCGAAGAAGGUAUCAAACUGUGAGUGGUAAUCACUUGCUGAAUUUUCAGUAUAAUCCAAUUUCGCGUACUCAAUCAAGGGGUCCUCCAUUGAAAAAGCCUCAGAAGAAUAAGCCUUACAACAAGGAUCUUUUCCUCCAGGCCAACUACAAAUUUGUUGUAUUAGAUUCUGGGAGCUAUACUAUUGAUUCUAUGGAUCCUGAUAAAUUGCUACAGUGGGAGGAUAUAAUAUGUGUGAGAUACUCAACUCCACAACCAAUUCAAUGUCCAAUUUGUUUGGAUACACCUCUAUGCCCACAGAUCACUUCUUGUGGACAUAUAUUUUGUUUUCCAUGUAUCUUGCAGUACUUACUUAUGGGAGAGGAGAAUCAUAAAGCAGAAUGCUGGAGAAAGUGCCCACUCUGUUUCAUGAUGAUAUCUUCAAGGGAUUUGUAUACCAUCUAUCUUGAAAAUGUUAAGGAGCACAAUAUUGGUGAUGCUCUAGAAUUCAUGCUUUUAACUCGGAGAAAAGACUCAUUUUCACUACACGAUAAGCUCAAAGGAGGGACGAAUACCAAAUCAUGUGAUUCAUUUUCAAAGUUCACACUUACUCUGGACGUGGAUCUCUCUGUUAGAGAAGCUAUCUCAGCACUGGAUAAUUGGAUAGCACGAGCUCAUUCUGGGCUUGUUGAUGACUUGGAGAAGCUUCCAUAUGUUUGUGUUGCUAUGGAACAUUUGAAGCAAAGGAAAAAAUAUUGGAAUGCGCGUCGAGGUUCUGGAAGCAGCAAAUCCUCUGAAUAUAUUGAUCGUGAGACUGUGGAUAAUGCAAAUCCUAACUGCAUAGCUGCUGAGGUUGGGCAGGGAACUUUGUCUCCUGCUAAGUAUGACCCAGGCAAGGGGGCAGACAAUGUAUUGGUAGAUGAAGUGCACGGUGGUGCUUGUUUAGUUCAGUCUUCAGACACUGAUGAAUCACUGGAAGGACAUGACAGGUCCCUGUCGUCUUCAUAUGAUGAAAGCAAGACCUUGCCUAUUCCACUGGAUGCAUCUGGAGACACCAAGGAGAAGGAGUCAUACAAUUUCUACCAGGCAGUUGAUGGUCAGCCUACUAUUCUUCAUCCACUAAACCUGAAGUGUCUUUUGCACCAUUAUGGUAGCUAUGAUCUGCUUCCUGCAAGAGUGAGUGGAAAAGUUUUACAAUUAGAGUCUGUGACUCAGUCUGAGGCUAUGAGGAGGCGCUAUCGUUACUUGAGCCAUUUUCCUUUGACAACCACGUUUCAGCUAUGUGAAAUUGACUUAAGAGAGAUUGUGCCUGCUGAAGCAUUGACUCCUUUCAUGGAUGAAUUGAAGAAGCGUGAGAAGCAGAGAAAGCGGCUUGCUAAACAGGAACAGGAGGAUAAAAUCAAAGCAGAAGCUGUUGCGGCAUAUUCCCUACCUGUUCCAUAUAACUUUAUACAAGCUUCCUAUGAUGGCCCACCUACUUUCUGCAUGGAUGACUUUGAAGCUCUUGGAAGCCCUGCCACAACAGUGGCAUCAAGCCCUCCAGCCCAAGGACGGCAAUUAUUCUCCAGUGUUACACGGCUGGGUUUUGCAGCCGGGUGUGAUUCUCCUUCCUUGAUUAUUCAGGAAACCGCACCCGAGGCUAAUUCCACAAGAACGCCUUCUUCUUCUGGUUUCAAUGGAUUUGGUGCUUGUGUAGAGUCAACAAAUCAAGGUGUGCGCUCAUUUGCAAAUGUGAUAUCCCGGGAUAGUGUAGAUACAAAUACACCACGCAAGACAAACGAAGCUGGGAAGAAGGGGAAGAAACCAAGUCGUGUGCUCCUGUCUACAGCUGGUGGUCGCCGCUAUUAGGAAUUUGCUUGCUCCCCUGCCCUGUCUCCCGUCCUUGUCUUUAUGUAUAUGGAUGGAGUGGCUUCUAGCUUUGUAGUGGUGACUAAAAAUUGAGGCAAGAGAAGAUGGUUAGGAAAUGUCUACAUGUACCUGUUUUGUGUGAAUGGAACAAAAAGCUUAUCCAUUGAAUGGAUGCUGUGUGAAAUGUAUUCUUGUAACUAAAGCUUGACUAUCAAUGUGUUGGUGUAAAUUCAGUCAUACUGAAAUACUGCAAGCCUGUUGUAAUUGUUUCUUUCUAAAAUUUCCUUCUAUCAUACUUUCUCACCAUUGUAAGAAAAGUAAGGCUAUUUGGAGAAUGGUUUUCUACUAUCAGGAAUCUAGUAAAUAUCUUCUUGGCCUA